CCCGCUGCGUUUUCUCUCCCGCCUUCCUCCUGCCUCCCCGGCUCCCUCCCCUCACUCUCCGGCUCCGGCCGCGCGCUGGCGGGGCUCCGCAUUGCACACUCUGGGGGCGCCGCAGUGUUCGUGGGAUGGGGCAGCGGGCUGCCACUGGCGGCCGGAAUCCGCACGCAGCCCGGGUGCGAGUUCCCUCCUGUCAUCCGUCCCCAGUCCUCGCUCCGGGGCGCCCUGCAUGAGUGACGCCUCGGUCUGCCAUGGACCCUGGCCCUGCCCUGGCCUGGCUCCUGCUCCUGAGCCUGCUGGCUGAUUGUCUGAAAGCUGCCCAGUCCCGAGACUUCACAGUGAAAGACAUUAUCUACCUCCACCCUUCAACCACACCAUAUCCUGGUGGAUUUAAGUGUUUCACCUGUGAAAAGGCAGCAGACAAUUAUGAGUGCAACCGAUGGGCUCCAGACAUCUACUGCCCUCGAGAGACCAGAUACUGCUACACUCAGCACACAAUGGAAGUCACAGGAAACAGCAUCUCUGUCACCAAACGCUGCGUGCCACUGGAAGAGUGCUUGUCCACGGGCUGCAGAGACUCCGAGCAUGAAGGCCACAAGGUCUGCACUUCCUGUUGUGAAGGAAACAUCUGUAAUUUGCCACUCCCCCGAAAUGAAACUGAUGCGACAUUUGCCACAACGUCACCCAUAAAUCAGACAAAUGGGCACCCACACUGCGUGUCAGUGAUAGUGUCUUGCUUGUGGGUGUGGUUGGGACUCACGUUAUAGCGGUUCAUAGGCACAGUGUGUAUCAGAGAUUUAUGGGGGUCUGUGGUCCAUAGUCCUGCAUGAGUUGUUGGCCUGGCGACAGUCACUGCAGUGCUCCAGGAUGUCUUCCUGGCCGAGCGUUUCCACUUCCCAUGAGGAACAAGCGUGGCUUCAGUGUAGUCAUUUCUCCAAGACCUCAUCGAAGCCAGCCUGCCAAGUUCUAUACUGUAAGCCUUUGUUUUUACUCCAACAAAUAUUUCUGCAUUUACUAAGAUCUGAGCUCUUAAUUUGGAAUGCGUGCAUGAGCCAGAGGAGGUCCUGGGACCCCCUGGGAUGUUAGGCGACAUGAAUGGUUGUGUGUUUUUCAGGAGGAAGUUAAAGGACCACUAGUUUAAAUAUAAUCACGAAUUCACUUAUAGCUUUAGGAUUUUAAAACUUUAAUUGCAAAAUGAAUGGGCCAUUUCCUUGGAGAUUCCUACUAAGUCUCUAGAAAAGUAGUAAGCAACUUGUCCAAUUUAAUUUUUCUAACAUUCCCCUCCCAGUGGUGAGGAUCAUAUUCCCUCUGCUCUGUGUGGGAGGUAAAAAGGCAAUCAUAAAAAUCUGUCAUGUGGGGGGAGGGGGCUGGCGGAGGAUUUCCCCUAAUUCAGUGGAACUAGCAUCCAUAAGUAGCUGUUUGUCUCUUCAUAUAACUGGCGAGAUCGGGCCUGAUUUGGCAGCCGGUUGUGCUAGCCUGAUUCUACCUGGCCCAACGGGUGUUCAAGGAGUCCCAUGGCAGGCGUGGAGUUCUACUCAGACAUAGCUAAUUUAGACAGGAUUUCAAAAUGAAAGGAAGGAGAAUGUGUGGAGGUUGAGCCUAGCUGCUCCUGAGGGUCCAAUGAGCGGCUCAGCAGAUCCUCCAUCUGCAAUGUAUGCUGUCCAAGAGCCCUCCCCAAUCUUCCUCUUUGAACGCUCCAGUGAUUUUAGGGGGAACGUUCUACACUGAAUUGUCUGGAGAUUAGUAGGGAAAGAAGACAUGACAUCCUAGGAUGAGAAGCAGGUGCACCAGUGGGUUGUGGUGAGACUGGUAAGGGGACCCAGUGGGAAGUUCUGAUUUAUUUAGCUGAUUGCUUUUGGAGUAGACAGGAAAAGUUUCACCAUCCUUCCUAUGUUUUCGCACCCCAAGUUACAUUUUUUUCUUCUUCCUUGUAUAUCAUUUAUACAAUAUUUAUUUUUGUAUGGCAUAACUAGGAACUAAAAUAUAUUGUAAAAGAUUCUUUAUUCUGAGCAAUCAAAUCAGAAUACUUAUUUUUCAACAGUGGUAGAGCUUGUGGUAUAUGCACAUUGAACAUUAUCUAUAAUACUUGCCCCAGUGUUGAAAAAGUUAUUUAUGUUGUAAGCAAGACUAAUGUGCUGGCUUCAGGGUUUUGCUCAUGUUUUCCUCAGUGGUGGGGUUCCAGAAGUAUCGGGGUGGUGGCCAUCACUGGUCUGAGUUUCUCUGCAAGGUUUAGCAUAUUUGCAUGAAGUUCAGUGGAGCCAUUGCCAAUACAGAGGACAGUGUUGUUGGGGGCCAUCUGCUCCGCACAGGAAACUGUCUCUGGCUCAUAAGAUGAGACCUCCUCAGGGACCAGAUAUGAACUGACAGUGGUAACUCUGAUACACAAUAAUUUAAAUUGCAUCAAAUAGCCUUAAAUCAGAGUUUGACAGUCUUAUCAAUAAGUUGCUUAUAAUUGGGGUGGGGAAUUAGAGGGAGAAAAAGCAAGACAUUUGUUAAGCACCUCUUCUGUGCCAAGCACUAUGCUAAGCACUUUACAUAAGUUAGGUCAUAUAAUUCCUACAAGAACCAUGUAGGGGAAAUUACUAGAAUUUACACUUGAUAGAUGAAGGUACCAAGGCUCUAAGAAGCCCAAUGACAUGAAGCCUUUUCCUUCUGAUUUAGGUUGUAUGGGAUUAGGUGAGAUUGAAGAGGAAGGGAAGGUGGAAUUUCCACCCCUAGGAAAACUUCCAGGCCUGACUUCAUGGGAAUUUGGUCAUCUUAUCAUGUUGCGUUUUUCUAGUCCUGCCUUUGCAGGGUGCCAUUUGCAUGUGUCCCCAGAUGUUUUUCUUUGGGGGUAAAAGCAUGGUCUUCUCAUUCAUUCCUCUCCCUAAAAGAGGAGACAAGCUGAUCUUACAUAUAACAACACUGUACAACCACGAAAAUUUGAUGUACAUAUCUGCAAAGACAUUUUAGUGCAUGGUCACUGUCCACUGACACCUUCCAAGUACUGCAUGAGAUUUCAAUAAGAGACAUCAUCCAAAUGUUGGUUCUCAGUGAGAAGAUGGGCACUCUGAAGCCUCCCUGGCUGCUGUGCAGGGCCCAGGUCCAGUGGUGUCAUCUGCCACCCCAAGGGUCACUACAGUCUUUGAACAGAUGUGGCUGUGUACAUCCUGUGUCCCUGUCAGAAUGGCUGGUAUUUUAUUCCCUUGAAACUGGUUUGCUUCCCAUCUCCAGCCUCAAGGAGCCAUGGAAGGAAGUACUGUCUACGCGGAAGGUCCAGGACUGGUCAUCCAUCUGACGUUUCUACCACAUUCAACCCUCUGUUCAGUCUUACCAUUGGUGAUGGCUUGAGUGCAAAGAGCCAUGAUGUAAAUAUGAAUGUAUGUGCCACUUAUUUAUUUUUAGACUCCCCACAGCGUUUAUGUCAAUAUGAGAUUAAUGCCUAAAUUUUGUAAAUAUUGUAC